AUGCUGUCGUUGGCAGCCAUGCAAGAAUUUGGAAAAUCAGAUAGUCAGGAUGGUAACGAAUCACCACCACCACCACCAUCACAACUUUUGACCGGAUCCACCAUAUUGGUCGAACCCAAACACGGUAAGUUUUUUUUUAUUUUUUCUUAUUUUUACUCUCUCUUUCUCUCUCUCUCUCUAUCUUUCUCUCUUUUACCCCCACCCCCUCUCUCAUCGCUUAACCCCCGACUCCCCUCUCUAUUACCCUUAAACUUUAGAUUUUGCAGUAGAAAUUUUUUUUUUUUUUUUUUAAUGAAAAAGACUUUAUUAAAUGUGAAAAACGUCGAAAGAACGAGAGAGAGAGAGAGAGAGACAGAGUGGUAG